CGGAGCCGCUAUUUCCUUGGGUCGUUGACUGCUUUUGAGGCUCAAUACAUAGUCAGGUGCUUACAAAACAUCAGAAGUACUUAGAUAUCUAUAUCAUUAUGCACCCAACAAUACGACUGCUCCAAACAUGUCGGAUCACGCUCUUCACGCGAGCUAACUGUUCGCUCUGUACCAACGCCAAGGAUACAUUAUUUAAAGUUCGAGAGACGAGACCAUUUGUGUAUAAAGAGAUUGCUGUUAUGGAAGAUGGACAAAAGCACUGGAAAGAUUUAUACGAAUUUGAUACCCCUGUGGUUAGUGAUACUUGAUGCACAGAAAAAUAUGAUUUUGCUGACAUUUUACCUUAGAUUCACGUCACUAGGGAGGAUGCUGGGGAAGAACAGUCUGAAUUGGCGUCUAAAGCGAGGAAAUUGAUGCAUAGAUUCACUGAAGAAGAAGUCAAGGCAAAGAUGGAUGAAGUGGAAGGGAAGAGCUCUAUUUGAUCCAUGUUGAAACUGUACCUCUAAGAUCUAUUCUGAUAUCAAGUGAAUCGGUCAUGCUGCGCUAAAAUAAAGAAGAAUAUCUGCACACCACCAAUUUAUCUACCAUAAGGACCGGUCAACUUAGGUCCAUCUUUUGACCUUUGCCU